AUGACGGAGAUUGGCCUUUGGUAUUUGACGGCGUUGAGGUUCUCAAUGUCAAAAUGUGUAUAUAGAACAUAUAGAACCGUAAUUAUAAAAACAGACCUUAACACGAUUUUUUUGCAAAAUAUUUUACAGGAUAGUCAACGUGCUCGACGUGCAACGUUCCGAAUUUAUCUCGCCCCCAGAUUUGAUGAGAAGGGUCGGCGUUACGUUUUGGAAGAACAGAGACGGAGAUUCUUUAUUUUAGACAAAUUUACUGUUGCACUGAACCCUGGAAUGAACAAAGUGGUUCGGAACUCGGCCGACUCCUUGCUAACCAUUGAUUUUCCCCAAAGUUACCGGGAACUACAAACUGACGUAGCCAAUCAGACUCCAGAUUGUGGUAUAGAUUUUGCUCAUUGA